GGAAGAUCAUGCGAGGUAUAGCCUUGGCACUAGGUGCGCCGUCGAAUGCUUUCGAAGGUGGAACGGCGGGAGAUCCUUUCUGGUAUCUCAGGCUGAUUGGGUAUCCAGCCCCAGCUAGUAUUCCACAGGAGCAACACACUGAUACUGGAUGUGGAGCUCACACGGAUUACGGCCUUUUGACACUGGUUAACCAAGAUGAUGACAUUUGUGCUCUUGAGGUCAGAAACCUGUCUGGCGAGUGGAUACAGGCGAAGCCAGUCCCUGGAACCUUUGUCUGCAACAUUGGUGACAUGCUAGAGGUUUGGUCUAAUGGAAUAUAUCAGCCCACACUCCAUAGAUUUUUCAACAACUCUCUUCAUUACCGUGUAUCUGUUGCCUUCUUCUAUGAGUCGAACUUCAAUGUUGUGGUUGAGCCUGCGGAGCUAUGCCGGGAGAAAACGGGCGGCGUUGCCAAGUACGACAAGGUGGUAUACGGGGAGCAUCUGGUCAAGAAAGUUGUGAACAACUUCGUGUUGUAAGGUCUGGCGUACGGCUUACAAACCAUGAUUUUGAUGUGCCUUGUUGUUGUUACGCCACGCGCGUCCCGUCCGGCGUGCUUUGUUCUCGUUAUGAUUAUUAUCUUACCAGGAUUUCGAUGCGCUUAUCAUAUAGAGAGACCGGGAGUUACAACUAUUUGCGGUUGUAUCACUUUGAUGCGGUGCAAUAAAUCAAUGAAAUGUUUCUGUC